AUGGAGAGCAGCCCAGGAUGGAGCACCACAGGACUCAACAUCACAAACUGCACUGGCCCACCUGCUAGCAGCCUGCAGGCGGUCCACUUCACCAACAGGAUGGUGGUGGUGGUUGUCCUCGGCCUCUUCACCCUCCUCACAGCGCUCAUCAAUGGCGCCGUCAUUAUCGCCAUCUGCACCACCAAGAAGCUCCACCUGCCCGCCAACUACCUCAUCUGCUCUCUAGCCGUCACAGACUUCCUGGUGGCGCUCCUCGUGAUGCCCAUCAGUAUCCUCUACAUCACCAUGGAGAUGUGGUCCUUGGGUCAGGUCAUGUGCAAGGUGUGGUUGAGCGUGGACAUGACCUGCUGCACCUGCUCCAUCCUGCACCUGUGUGUCAUAGCCCUGGACCGGUACUGGGCCAUUACCAAGGCUAUUGAGUAUGCUCGCAAGAGGUCACCCCACCGCACCGCCAUCAUGGUGGGAAUAGUCUGGGUCAUAUCAGUUUUCAUAUCCAUGCCGCCAUUAUUCUGGACUGAGAGGCCCAGCAGUGGCAGCCUCCAACACUGCAUCAUAGAGCAUGACCACCUGGGAUACACUAUAUGCUCUACUUUAGGGGCGUUUUACAUCCCCAUGAUCAUCAUUCUUAUAUUAUACUACAGGAUUUACAACGCCGCUAAGACACUUUACCAGAAGCGCGGCUCUUCUCGCCACCUCAGCAGUCGCAGCAUGGGCAGUCAGAACUCUGCAGACCAUUUCCGUGUCCCCCACACAUUUUGUGUCUCAGACUUGUCUGACUCAGACCCCACGCUGCAUACUGACAAACUCAACACCACUGUCCACAUCCCAUCCUUUCAAACAGACAUGGACAGGCAGGAUGACAGGAACCAGAUAUGUAUGUCACGUGAGAGGAAAGCAGCACGAAUCCUCGGCCUCAUCCUCGGGGCUUUCAUCAUCUGCUGGCUGCCUUUCUUUUUAAAGGAGCUUCUGGUGGGUUUGCAGGUUUUACAGCCUUCUCAGCUUGUCUCAGACUUCCUGACGUGGCUGGGUUAUAUCAAUUCUCUCAUCAAUCCUGUGCUGUACACCAGCUUCAAUGAUGACUUCAAGCUGGCAUUCAAAAAGCUGCUCAAGAGAAAAGAGAAUACAUAG